AUGUUGAUCAAAUUGUUACUCGUUUUAAUUUUCUACUUCAAUUCUUUUGGCAACUGUCAAAAUAAUAUUGCUCUGGGGAAGAUGGUUCGAGAAAGUUCGGUGAACGGUACCUACAAUGGUUUUUUGGUAGUUGAUGGUGUGUCCAGUUUUCCAUUUUGCUUCUCAUCGCUGACCAGUGGCUACCAGUGGAUCCAAAUCGACCUCAUCUGGUUGUAUCGCAUCAACAAAGUUCGAGUGUUCAACAAAUUGGCAUCCAAUAUCUUGAACGUCCAACUGACAAGUGCAAAUCUUUCAAUCGUUGCAUCAUGCAACAACCUGACCAAUCAGCUAAACAACGUCAACGUUACAUUCCAGUGUCCGGAUGAUGCAGAGCAUUCCAGUAAGUACAUCACGGUUGACCAAAAUAAUAGCUCCACCAACAUCAUGAACAUCUGCGAGGUGGUUGUUGAAGGAAGGUACAGCGACGCUCAGCCAGAACGAGCAAACCUUCUGCAGAACAAAAAGGCUCUCAUGAAGACAACAUUUUCAAGAGACACCAGUAGCCUAACAAACCAGUUAAUUUCAAUGGUGGCUGGUCUGGUCGUCGAUGGAAUUCGAGAUCCCACCGUCUUCCACGGACAUUGUGCUCAUUCUAAUGAUGCAGGAUUUGCUCAGAACUGGAUCCAGGUGGAUAUGGCAGCGGAACACCACGUUGAUUACAUUGCUCUCGUCAGUAGAGAUAGCAAUGGCCUAUUGGUGUCUCUUCGUCUCUCAAACUUCAUAAUCGGUCUGACGUCUGAUAGAGCUGAUGUCGUCACGCCAGUCAGGGGUCAGUACCCCCUUUGUGCCACGUACCCUGGAAAUGUUCCACCGGUAACACGAGUCACCCUGCCCUGCAAUGCCAACCUGCCAGCCUACCGUUACAUCUUCCUUCAUCAAGCUUAUGGGGCUAGUGAUGGUUAUAUUGCAGCUUGCGAACUGGAGGCCUAUGAGCCAUCUGUACCAUUUCCUGAAAACGCUCAAAAGAACUUUUUAUUAAUGGUUUCAUUCCCCAAUGGAAUCAAAUGGAAUUCGCUUAAAAACAGCAAGCUAAUGAGUUACACCUUUCUGGAGAUAAAGGCAGUUAAGCCUCUACAUUGCAUCAGACAGUGCAUCAAAUUGGGGGAGUACUCUUGCGAUUCGUUUAAUUUCAACAGGCAACUGAACCUUUGCCAGCUGAACAAGCACAGGAAUGGAUUUUCGAGUGAGAGUUUGGCUACUGGUGCAUCGUGGACCUUUUGGACAUCUCGCCAUGAUUUCCUCAGUAACGUUUAAUUGAUUGAUAAGAAUCGAUUUGCAUGAAAUCUUAGAAAGUUUUCGGAAGCGCUUGUGACUGAAAACUUACGAUUGUAUGAUGCAAAUUAGAUUUAUUAUUAAAAUGGAAGAAGAAACAUAAAGCUAUAUAACCAUAUUUUAAAAUAUUAAAAAGUUAUUUACCUUUUCUGCGAACAAUUUUUUCUUAAAAUAUAUUGAAGUCCAUUUUAGCAUUUCUAUCACCUUAGUAUAUGAUCCGAUACGAAUGCAAGCGAUUGUAUGACGCUGUUGAAUCAUUAAAUUCAUCAUUAAAGUUUGAGAGUGAACAUAAAUGUGUAUAAUCCUUUUUCAAAAUUUUAACAUUUUUAACAUUUUCUAAUAUCUUUCUGUCACCUAUUUUGUUUUAGUGAUAAACACUUUAUGAAUUUCUAUUAACAUUUGUAUGAAAAAUAAAUUUUCAGUUAUUUAUUCUUGCAAGCUUUCGCGUAAAAAUGUUUUUAAAAUACCUUGAAACGUUAUGAAAUCUUCUGAGAAAGUUAUAGCUAACAUUUUAUAUCACUAAUUUCUUGAAUUGUUAUUCAAAUUUAAUUAUAGCUUAGUUGCUUAUUAAAUAAAUGUAUCAAUUCAAAAUUUGCAACUAAAAUUCACUCGAAUAAUUAGUUGAUUAUACAUACUCACCACACAUACACACACACACAAACACACACGUGAUGACUUUUUGUAGUUUUUUCAUCCUGGUAAAAAAUUCCAUAUUGAAUCAAAUUUAACCCAAAAAAUUUUCAUAACAAAUCAAUAAGAUAAGUUACAAGUUGAUCAAAUGAAUCUGUAGCAUGGUCAUUUUAUUUUUUAUUCAAUAAAAAUAAAAUUAACUCCGAAUCAAUAAAAAUAUAUGUUCAAUAAAAAUAUAUUCCAAAAAUUAGUUAAAAAUUAAAAAAAAGACAAAUAAAAUACUUUCGUAACUGUUCGAAUAAAAAUACUAGUGUUGAUUUAUAUAUAUAUAUACAUAUUUAUAUACAUAUAUAUAUAUAUAUGUAUAUAUAUAUAUAUAUAAUCAUUUUAUAAAAAAAUUCAAGGAAUCUUUAACAGAAAUUUAACUAUAGUACUUAAAAUUAACACUGGCUGAAAAUUGUGCGUCGUUAUAUUGACAUCAAAAACAUUCAAUGUUUAGAGCUUUUAGCAUGGUUUUUAAUUGGAAAAAUACAACAGGGUAAUUCAAGUUUAAAAUUUCAUGAAAAAAUCUCAAUAGCGAAUAGAAAUGAAUAAAAAAAAUAUUUGCCCUUCGUGGGUCUAUAAUAGAUAAAUAUCCCAAAGAGAAGUGCACUUAACAGGAAUUUCAAGUAUCAAAAGUAUUACAAAAAAACAGUUGAGCAUAUUAUUGAUACUAAUAGGAUUCGUCAUAUUCGUUCUCGAAUUUGUUCAUUUGGAAGGGCUUAUCUCUGCUGUAGAUGACUGAUCUGGAUUGUUCAGUGUCGUACGAUCCGUUCUUUCUUUCUUUCAUUCUGUUACAGAAAAACAGUGUUUCCAUAUUUUUGUUUCUAUUUCAA